UCUGUAUCGUUCGCUUUCCCGUGUCGUUGUUUUGCUCGGUCGGUCGACGACGUUUUUCUUUUCAGGAAAAAAGGUGUGUGUGUAAAAUCCAAACAUAGAAUUUCCCAGUCGCUACUGAAGUGCGGAAAAGCUGAAACCAGACACACAAACACAUACAAACAGAUACAUUUUACUCACAAAACGCCCAUACGCACUGCCGGGAGAAGGCAAGCGGCCAGUCAGCCAGCCAGCCAGACAAACGAACAGACCGAAACCCUUGGCGUACGACGCAAAGCAGCAAAGGGCACCGCGCAAACACGUCACCUCAUCAUCAUCAUCAUCAUCGUCAUCCCGAUCAUCGCUCGGCAUCAGCGGCAGCUGUAACUCCGGUCGGAUCGUUACAUUAAAAUAGUGUGUUUUUGUUGCUAGUGAAAAGAGUCGUGCCGCCGCCGUCGUCGCCGUCGUCGUCCAGCCGCAGAAACAAAAAGCACACGCCCGCGCGUAGCACGUGAAAACGCGAAUAAGAAGAAGAGAAAAGAGAAAAAAGGUACAUCCAUUGUGCAGUGUUUUGUUUCAUGUGUGGUGUAAGGAGAUAAGUAAUGUGGUGUCUUUCAUGCGUCUCUUCUCCAACUAAUUCAGAACCAAUGGCUGCUAUAAGGAAAAAGCUUGUGAUCGUCGGCGAUGGUGCCUGCGGUAAAACCUGUCUGCUGAUCGUCUUCAGCAAGGAUCAGUUCCCGGAGGUGUACGUGCCGACCGUGUUCGAAAACUACGUGGCCGACAUCGAAGUCGACGGCAAGCAGGUUGAGCUGGCACUGUGGGAUACGGCCGGGCAAGAAGAUUACGACAGACUGAGGCCGCUGAGCUACCCAGACACCGAUGUUAUUCUCAUGUGCUUCUCUGUCGAUUCACCCGACUCGCUGGAGAACAUCCCCGAAAAGUGGACCCCUGAGGUAAAACAUUUCUGUCCUAAUGUACCCAUCAUCUUAGUCGGCAACAAAAAAGAUCUCAGAAAUGACCCACACACAAUAAAGGAAUUGGCUAAAAUGAAGCAGGAGCCCGUCAAGCCACAGGAGGGACGUGCGAUGGCCGAAAAAAUAAAUGCUUUCGCUUAUUUAGAGUGUUCGGCCAAAUCGAAGGAGGGCGUGCGUGAAGUUUUCGAGACUGCUACGAGAGCAGCGUUACAGGUGAAAAAGAAGAAGAAGAGUAAAUGUGUUCUGCUCUAAAAGAGCAAAACCAGCAUUGUGCUCCCUAUUGCGAUGGUGUUUGCGCGGAUAAAAAAACACUGAGCCUGUUGAGUAAAGCGAAUCGUAAGAGAGGGAGAGAGAAAAAGCAACCGAAGAGAGCAGAAAGCGAUGCAAACAACGGGAAGCAGCAAGUAGAAGAGCGCAGCAUCAGCGUGUGUGUGUGGUGGAGAUAUGGAGGAUCGAGAACGGCGGUGGUAGUAGAUAGAUGGCCCGAGUGGCGCUAUAACAUUAAUCGUUUUGGGAAUGGCAAAGGAAAAGUGUAGACGCUAAUUCGUAGGUAAAAGCGCCACAUCAUUACACGCAACAGCAGAAGCCUCAGAGAUCGAAGAAAAGAAUCCUUUUUUUAGAAUGAAAAAGAAACAUCUUUCGACCACCUUUUCACACAAAGCAGACCAAAAAAGGAGAAAAAAAUGAAGAAAAAAAACAACAAAAGGAUAGAACACAUACCAAUUCAAUCCCAGGGAUUACAGCCAGGGAUUACAAGAAGCCUAGACGGGAGACGGAAAGAGGAGGGAACAGCAGGCAACAGUGAACGCGUGAACACUAGCUGCGAAUAGAUCUACUUGGGGUGAGUGAUGCGCGUCACCCCAGCCUUUUUUUUUUUGGUGGUGUGUGAAGAACUACUACUAGAGUUUUCUGCAUGCUGGAGAACGUAGCGUAGUCAACGAACGCCUUUUUUAAUGUGUGUGUACCUAGCGUAACGCAUGCCAUGAGGAUGAAAAUGAUGAUGGAAAAGAAUAUGAGGAUGUGUAAGGCAAAAACGUUUUCAGCCGAUACCGCCCCCACCCCCCGCGAGGGAGGGUUGUUUUGGUAUGCAAAAGCAAAAGGAACUGCAUCGUGUUUGCUCUGUUAGGGAAUCAUUUUACAACAGAACCCAACUAAACACAGGAACUUUGUAUGCAAUGGUGUGUGGACGCAAUCAAAUCGUCCAACAAUCACACGCUGCCGUUGUGUAGUGCACGUAUUUUGAAGUGCGGGCCCUAUUCGACGGGCCUUUGUUAGAAUGUCUGCAGAAGUAGGAAGAGGUCAAGCAUCCACAUUCGCGCACACCACAGCCCUAGAGAGGGAGUGGAGAAAAGUACGGAUAGUUUCUCCAAACGUUCAUGUUUCUCAUAUUUGGUCCCAUUUUUCCUGUUUUUAUCUACACAACACACACAUACACACCUUCUUAGAUACAUACAUACAUGCAUAUAUAAGAUGGCAUCUACUAGAUGUGGUUUUUUUUUAUUAUUAACUAUUCGGUAAGCGAUUAAGUAAAUGAGUUGAGUAUGCAAAAAUCAACAAAAACAACACAAAAAACACUUAUACGGGAUAAAAGCAAAACGUUUCGUAACAAAAGCAUGAACGACAGAGAAAGCUAGCGCUCAUCACAGUCGGAAUAGGAGUUUAAUUGAAAGGAAGCAAACCACUCCCACACACACACACACACCCCUAUAUAUAGAACGUAUAAUGCAGAAAGGAAGGUUAAGCAGAGAUAACACACUCUUAUUUUAAUAGCCCCAGGAGUGUAUGAUUCGUUCGUUCGCGAUGGCAUAUUUUUGCAAAAAUAUCCGAGCAAAAGUUUAAAUACACACACACACACACACACACACACACACACACACACACACACACACACACACACACACACGUCGACAACACCCAUCCAUGUAGAAUGAGAUUAUGAUCAAAAGUACCAAGCCCGGAGAGAACGGAGAAUCAGGCAGAUUUAGUUUGACUGAUUUGUAAGCGAGAAGAAGAAGAAAACCCUAUUGUAACAUCUUUGUCAUGUGCAUCUUCUCAGCUUUCGAUGUUUUAAACAGUCGACCGUGCUUGAAUGGGGGCAACAUAGCAGACCACCAGAGAAGGGUAAAAACCACGCAUUAUUGUAAACCACGCGCACCUUCUAGCCCCACGGAUCAUGAACCCGGGGGCGGCAAAAGGCAGGAAGGAAGUGAGUCGGAUUUUUGGAAUCGAAUUGUUUUCGGUGUGUUUUAUAUAUAAAUCACACUCUCCCUUAUAGUGUGUAGCGUAAAGGGGGAAGGAAUGCACCCAUUGCCGGAAAAGCUACACAUUGUUUUGGCAAAGCAGAACUAGCAGGAGAAGUGUUGGUGUGUGUGUGUUUUUGAAAUGGAAAAAAAGUCGCGGGAUCGCGCCAUGGGAUCGCGUUGGAAUCGUUUAGUAACGAUGAUGAUUGCAAAACAAAACAAACAAACAGACACAAAUUGAAGUGCAUAUGCAAAAUGAAACACGAAGCAUGAUGAAAACGGAUCGGAUCUAGGAUAGUAAUAGGGUAACACAAAUUAGCGCGGAAGAGAGAUAGCGAGAGAGAGAGAGAAAGAGAAGGAGAGGAAGAGUCAGAAUUUUAAAAAAGAAAGCAGAAUAAUAAAUUCUAACCAAUGAUAAAAAUGAAACCAAACACAUACAACACAACAUCAAUCCGAUAAUCUUCGUAUGAAACAUAGCGCGUGGGAGGUAAUACUGGUGAUGGUGGUAGAGGUUGGUGGUGGUAAUUGUAGUGAUGGCCGAGGUAAUUGUUGAUGAGAUUGUUGAACACAUGCUAUUUUGUAAUACGGAGGAGAAAUGGGAAAUAACUGUAUCCAACCCUAAACUGUACCACAACUUCUCCGUGUGGGCCGAUGUCUACAGUGUUCUCAACGAUCAUAUCAUAUCCCGGAUCAGUUUUGCAUGCGUUAAAUGGAUGUGUUGUAUUGUAAUGCGAGUUCCCCGAGAGGUGUCAUUGCGUCGGAGCCUUCUGCUGACAAGGAAACAGUGAACAGAAGCGAAACGCCUUGUAUUUCAAUGAAAUGCUGUGAAAGAACUGCAUUGUUUGGUCAAGGUUAUGCGACAGAGCCCUCGGAAUGGAAUGGACCGGUACGAAUAGUGAGAUAUGCUGAAGGAAAGCAAAAAUACAACGUACUCUCUAACCAAUCCCAAAAGCAGGGACGUUAUGCACAGAGAUGCACAUGCACUCCAUGUGUGUAUGUGUCGGUGAAUGAAGUCACGUGCGAACGAUCGGAUUGAUCAUGCUGAAUCCCUUCCCCCCUGUGUUCGGGUAGUGUGUGUGAUUGUUUGGUGGCAUCUGUUUGUUGUGUUGUUCAUGUGAGUGUACACGUAGCUGUAACUUCUUGGUAUGUUCGUAACACAUUGGGACCGUUCGUGAUGUUUACAUGUGAGGAAAUUUGCGAGUUGUAUGCAUUUGGAGAGUCCCUCCACACCCUAUCUACGGGUAGCACACAAUAUCCCCCGUCAUUGGAUAGAAAAGGGCAGGCUAGUAAUCAUGUUGAGGGCAUUGAGUGUGUCACGAGAUCCAUCUCUUGCAAUGUGUGGGUAUGUUUUUUUUAAAUUCUUGUGUCAGUCGAUCUGAUGGUGAUCUACUUUGUGUAGCUAUUCUUGAGACAGCAAAGGAAGCUUAGGGUAGAGAACAAGGAGAGAGAGAGAGAGAGAGAGAGAGAGAGAGAGAGAGAGAGAGAGAGAGAGAGAGAGCGCGCGCAGCAAGAGCAAAAAUCGUUCUCAGUAACGUGUUUCUGUAGGAAGUAAGCUCCUACCUACACUAACAACAACUAAAUCGGGUAUUUUAGCAUCUAUUAUUAAGUAGUGCAUACAUUUAGGCGCAUUUGUCACAAAUGCCAUCAUUUGUAAUACAACCACUUGCUGUUUAUUACAGUAUCGGACAGAAAGACAGGGCAUUGGGUUUUUAACGCACCGUGCACCCGUUGGGCCAAGUUUAUGUGUGGUUUGUAUGUGUUUGUGUUUGUGUGUGUGUGUAUGUGUGUGUAUGUGUGUGUGUAUGUGUGUGUGCAUGUGUGUGUGUGUGUGUGGAUGUAUGUUUGAAUGUGUAUUGAUGUGUGUGUUUGUUUCACAAGUAGGUCGUUUCGGAUAGAUUUGUAAGUAGCUUUUUUGUGUUUUGGGUUAGGUUUUUGGUGUGAUAAGCAGGACCACCGCCCUCGCGAUCAGUGUGUUUUCGAUAUAUUAACAAUGUUACGGUCUUCUUUCGCCGUGGUCUUCUGAGGACGACCGGUUGACUUGCGCGUUUCGGUUGUCCAAGCGCGUUUCAGUUGUCUAAGCACGUUUCGGUUGUCCGAAGCGCGUUUGCCACAAAAGUGCGCGAUCGUUCCAUUACGAACUCGAUCCUUUUGCGCUUAAUGCCAGCAGCAGCCAUUCGCUUUUACAUAUGGCGCUGAUAAUCGGUACAACGUUUACCUCGACCCAUUGUUACUAACAUUGCUUGCUUGGACCGUCAAGAACGCGCUGGUUAAAAACUUGGACACGGCUGAUCCCGUGCUCUGCCUGCGUUCUACUUCUAUACGCGAUGAAUAACAUCGUUGUCGAGCAGCGAAAACAUCGCAUGGAUAAAAACUAUCAACGAGUACGCGAGUAAGCGUCUUCCCUUCAAAAUCGAGAACAGAAUACUGCCGCGCUCAUGAAACAAAACGCCCAUUGAAAAGAACAACUGCGCGCCAGCUCAAUGCACGCACAAAGUUUACCAUUCGCACACAACGUGCAACGCAGAGAUGCACGAAGGCCUUUCAAUGGCGUGCACUGGAGAAACACCUGUGAGAGAAUGCCGAGUUCAUUGCUAUUGUGCGUGUGUCCAUUUCGCACCGGUGUCGCAUUCACAUUCAUGAAACAGCACACCUGCGUUUUCGUCCGAGGAACAAGGGCUGCUGUCGAUGCAAACUUUAGUUUUUAUCCAAGUGUAAACGCACAAUGUUUCACAUGAUAACACACAUAAUAAGAAUAAUUUCAACGCAAUAUGACAUCAUGGCAAGCUAUGUUUUUCAGACACAAACCCGCGCACUUGCAAAUACACAUUAAAAAGCACACUCACUUUCUACUACUACACACACACACACACACACAAACACACACACACACACACACAAACACACACACACACACACACACUCACACACAUACACACACACACAUACACACAUACACACACACAAACACGAGUAACGUGGCAAAACAAGUGCACGGUGCAUUGAAAAAAAAGGGUCCUAUCUUAAUGUCCGAUACUGUACCACUUGGUGUGUGUGUUUGUGUUUGUGUUGUGUGCCCAUCGCGUGGCGUGAAGUGUGUUCCGCCUAACUGUUUCACCUUUCGAAUUGGGGCAAGUUGGCAAACACUGUAUGGUGCCAUGGCGUGGCUGGUCGUCUCUGUUUAUGUUUUAAGUUUUUGAUGCUAGAGUAAACAUGUGCAUAUGCUCGUACGUCAUUUACCAUUAACCCGUGGUAGUGUAGCACAACAGACACCUAGAAGUAACGUUAACCAACCGAAAAUCUGUGUACGAUACGGAUCCUACAAGUGUUCCAUCCCGGCAUUCAUUGUGCAGAGGCAGGCAGAGGCCUGGGCAAUAGAAUACACUCACAAAUAUGAAACAACCCUCCCCACCAAACGGUUUUACAAUUUCGGCCCAUAUGCGCCCGCCCCUGGACGCGGGGCGCAGGAUAAGACAGCUUAAACCCACGUCCGGCGUAAGGUCAAAAUCUCUUUUGAAUCAUUUUGUUUGAAGCGUAUAUUGGAUGGAUGGAAGCGCCGUCGCACUCUGUAGCCAAUCCCAUUAUUUGGGAGGACAGGUGGAGAAAGGUUUAUAGUAGUAGUAGCACGUCGUUUGGACUGAACCACGCAGUCGCUGACGUGUACUGAUAAACAUACACACAAGUGGUGAGCCACUCCUAGAAACUAUUAUUGAAUUACCAUUGUUUCUAUUUCUACUACUACUACAACUACUACUAAUCCAAGCCCUAUUAACUUACUACUUUUCAUAUUCGAUCUAAAAAGAAGAAGUAUUCGGAGGAGAAGAAGGAGUUGGCAUCAGAUAUACACAUACGAACAAAUCGAUAACGCUUUUUAGAUAAAGAGGUAGGCCUUUUACAGAAGCUUUUGAAAUUUACCGACACUCGCUCCAUCUACUCUCCUGAUCGGAUGUACAUUUGCCGUUUGAAGCGAAAAUGCGAAUGAACCUAGCACUCACCCCUGUUUUGUUGGACACUAUAUGUUGUGGGGUGUUGUGUGUGUGUAUGAACUGACACUCUUGUAAUUGAUUUUUAACUAACUAGCUGACUAACUAACACUGACGCAAGAUAGUUAGGACGAAACUGCUGUAGGGCAGCAUAAAAAAUGCAAAAUUGUGCGAUUUUAUGUUCGAUCGAUUAACUAACAGCGCAGAAAAAAACAACAAUUCAUUGAUUGAACGUAUGAAGUUGAUUUAUCAUUCUUGUUUGAACGUAUGCUGUUGAUUUACCAUUCUUGAUUGUUUCAUCAUUAUCAAAUCAAAAGCUUAGAGAGCAUUUUUUCUAUAUUGUUUACAUAUUUGUAAUGGACAUAAUGGAUCCAUUUGUUGUAGCACACAAGCUGUGUUUCUUUUCUUUCUACCGACUGAGUGCUUUUGAUUUUGUCCAUUUGUGUCCGGUUAUCCGCAGGGCUCGAUGGGGGUGUGUAUUUGCAAAUUACUCACAAACACACACACACAAUCUCGUCCCUCGACUAUGUUGCAUGGUGAUGGUAACUAUUAAGAUCAUAACUAAACGUAAAACAACAUGUAAGUGUGUGUGUCUGCUUUCGAACACACAUACACCAAUUACACGAUUUGGUUUUCACAAUCAAGCCUCAUUAAUAAGAAGAAGGAGCAGAAUGCAAGAGAAGAAUAAAAACCCCAACAAAUUUACCAUUCUUUGCUGUAUAGUGCUAAUAAGGUAAUUGAAUAAAUAGUAACAAAAAGAGGAAGAAAAAAAUGGAUAACAGGCAAAUCAAAGAUUAACGCAAACACGUAUGGCAUGUGAUGAUGAUAAUGGGGGGUGGUACGUACAUAAUAUACAGAAACGUUUACAAAAGCCAUGAAGGUGCAACCAAACGUGUUUGACGCAGAACAACAAGUUCAAACAGGCACGGUUUGAGCACAACUUCUCCGCUGCUGAUACUUUUAGUCACUAUCAACGCUCGUAUCAAUUAUACAAUACAAAAGCUGAUAGAGGGGCGGCAGAUUAAUGCUACAAUUUGUUGCUGUCGCGGUGCCCGUAUCCACUACACUACACGAUGCCAUUUUUUCUUUGCAUUAAGCAGAUCCAUUUUUCAAAAACAAACAAAAACGCGCUUAUGCAGGUGCUGAAAAGCAUAUGCAUACUGCUAAAAUACAUUACACAUACCCUUGCAUACAUCUUUAUCACUCACGCAUGCGAAAGGUGGCACGCAGUGGGGCCCCCCCCCCA